GUCCUCAAGACAUCCAACAACUGAAGGGUUCGCUCGACAAUUGGCCUCUAGAAACAACUGUUGGUAUCUUAGUGGCUAAUGGGGUUAAUCGGUUUACUAAAGAUGCCGUUUCAGAGGCCCAAUCGUCAAGACAUCACAUUAUCCUCGUUGGCACAAAGGAUCUCAUUAAAAAAAUAAGAGAUUAUCAACCUCGACAGCAAAAUGGGGGUUUAGUGAGAGCUUCUGAACUUCAAGUCCAGUUCAAAAAAGAAUUAGAAAAAACUAGUUCAGAAGUACAACAAUUAAAAUCAGAAAUAGCUAAACUUCGACAUUUUCUAAUUUCUUUUUCAAAAAAUAAAUAA